AUGGCCCCCUCAAAGUCUAAGCAGCCUGCUAAGGCGGCUGUCCCGACAAAGGAGGAGAAGUCUGCAGAUCUAGUCAUGGGAACGAACAAUAGCAGUAUAGUGUCAAAACGCAGCGUCGAAAUGUUAUACUACCCCGAGCCCCAUUUCUUCCGCUACUUCGUCAAAAAACCCCAGAGACGCGCCCCGUUAAUAAACCGCGGAUACUGGCUUCGAAUGCACGCGAUGGAGGAGUCCGUACGGCGUUUCAUGCGAGAACCCUCAGAUAAACCCAAGUUUGUCCUUAAUCUAGGAUGUGGAUUUGAUCCUCUCCCGUUCAUCCUCCUCAGUGCGGACCGGUCCUUAUGUAGUCAAACAACCUUUGUGGAUAUUGAUUACGAGAAACUCAUGCUCAAUAAGAAGGCCGCGCUCCGGGAAGCAGGCGCUCUCACGCAGAUCCUGGAGAAUGUAGAGUUUGCUUCUGAUGAGAGCGCUGUGCAGAUACGCAGUGGGCAAUAUGUCGCUGUCGGGUGCGAUCUGAAGAAUCUGGAUAAACUGGACCGUGUCCUGAAGACUGAGGUCCUUCCCGCCGACUGUUCGGUUCUCUUCCUCGCCGAGGUGUCGCUCACGUACAUGGACGUCAAAUCAGCCAAUGCUGUUGUCAAAUGGGCCUCCAAACUAAGCAAUGACGCCCAAUUCUGCAUCCUAGAGCAGUUCUUCCCCGAUGGCUCCAACCACCCGUUCGCAUCAACCAUGAUGAAACACUUCGGCAAGCUAGGAGCGCCCCUUUACUCCAUCCACGAGUAUCCGUCUCUGACCGACCAGGAACGCCGGUUCACGGAAGCCGGCUGGACGCAUGCCCAUGCACGCAGUCUCUGGGAUCUUUGGUCCGACGACGAGUUUGUGUCCAGCGCCCUCCGCACUUCAUUGGACUCCGUCGAAUCGUUCGAUGAGUGGGAGGAGUUUGCGCUCUUUGCGUCGCAUUAUUUCCUCUUACACGCUUCUACAAGACCUGGGACGGCGGAUGUGAAGCGCACGGCAACAAACGGUGGUCCUAGUCACCAGGUGGUCAAUAAGUCGGAUGGAUUCAGGCUCGUCCCCAAUACCUCUCCACCCACUGGUCAGCGGAGAUUCGGUGCUUUGGUUCCUGGAAGCGAAGGGGCUGUUGGGAUCCAUUCAGGAUGGGGCCGGCAGACGCGAGUCGCUGAUACCGAUCUAUACGCGCCGUCGAAGGAGGGCACUGGCUCGCAUGCCCCGUUCCCACCAUCUAAUGAAAUCUCCGCGCGUCUGUGCCACACAAUCACCACGUUCAAUGAUAGCGGUGAUUGCCUACUCGUCGGCGGGCGGACCUCACCCGCUUCCGCGCUCCAUGAUACGUGGGUGCGUAGAAACAACGCGUGGCAAGCAAGUGCCAGCCUCCCAGUCGGUCGUUUCCGACACUGUGCGACGAGAGUUACACUCGACACAGGAUCUGAAGACGGCAGUAGCAGUGUGCUCGUAUAUGGUGGAAAAACAAGUCACGGCACAACGCUCGAUGCAUGGCUGCUCUGGAGCGAUGUCGAUAAUGGAUGGAAGACAGUUACCGUUCAGACCAAGAACGACCGAACCGCGCCAAAGGCCCGGUUCGGAGCAUGCCUAGCCAAUGUCAACAAUACAUCUGGUGUCUUAUUCGGAGGUGUUGGGGCUGACGGCACGAUCUUGGAAGAUUUUUGGACUUGGAGCUUAUACAAGCAAGCUGAUGGGUCUGUAUGCGUGGAGUUGACGGACCAGACUGAGAGCAUCAAGACUCUCUCUUCAUGUUAUGAUCUUCUCCCGCGAUUUGGGGCUACAGUGGCUUCCACAUCGCGGGGGCUGGUGGUCGCUGGUGGUAUUAUCCCUCGACGCAUCGUGCCCUGCGACAGCGAGAUUCUGCUCCUUGAUUCGGCCGUGCUGCUCAAGUGCAUUGAAUCCGGUUAUCCCAUAGGCGCACCCGUUCUAUCAACCAUAGGGUUAAGCCCUGCGUACAGCGGACCACGCCCGUUGCUAGUUGGACACGUCUCUCACGCCGCUAGCCCUAACCAAAUCCUGCUGCUGGGCGGCGGGGCCGUAUGCUUUUCGUUCGGAACGUUUUGGACAGAAGGAACCUGGCUGUUGAGCCCAGCGGACAAACAGGACCAGAUCGAAAACAAUUGGGCUCUAGUCCGUUCAAACGACGAGCAGUCAACUCAAGAAAAAGCAGCUGCGGAGAAGCCCGCUAAGACAAAGAAACAGCAGCAAGCAACCAAGAAGCACAAGCCGAAGCACUAUAAAUCCACGACGAAAGUGGCGCCAAUCCCUCGCGUCAGCGUUAACUCGGCAGCUGAGUUCCAGCAGAUACUGGAUGAUGCUAGACCUGUUAUCAUUGAGGGUGCGGAUAUCGGGCCUUGCACUGAGCGCUGGACGAAGGAGUAUCUUGUUGAUACCGUUGGGGCCGAUCGUAAGGUAAUAGUCCACGCCGCUUCGUCGGAAACGAUGAGUUUCCAAACAAAGAACUUCAAGUACGAAGCCAAGCCAUUCGGAACCUUCAUGGACGAAGUCCAUGCCGGCGGACGGCAGUACCUGCGCAGCAUUUCCGAGAAGCAACCCGCCAAGUUACCGGCGAACCUAGCUGCGGAUUUUCCCAGCUUAGGCGGUGAUUUCCGACUACCAGAGGCAUUGAAGACGGUUGUCGAGAAUGCGCAUAGUUCGCCAUUGAGGAUUUCGGGGCCUGUUACGUUGUGGUUGCAUUAUGAUGUGAUGGCAAACGUCCUCUGUCAAAUCCAAGGCGAGAAGCGGCUUAUUCUUUACCCGCCCAGCGACGUGCAGCACCUUGAUGUCCCGGCCGGCGCAUCCAGUUCUAACAUCAAUGUAUUCCAGAAUCGGGCGGACGGGGCUAUAGCGAUGAUUCCGCGCACGUCCCCUCACGAAGCGCGUAUGAAGCGCGGCGAUAUACUCUUCAUUCCGCCACUGUGGCUGCAUACAGCUGCGCCAACAGGAGAGGUAAGCGUGGCGGUCAAUGUUUUCUUCCGCAAUCUGUCGCAGGGGUACGCGCUUGGUCGGGACGUCUACGGAAAUCGCGAUGUACAGGCCUAUGAAAAGGGGCGUAAAGACCUCGAGAAGAUGGUGAAAUCCUUUGGCGGGUUGCCGCCGGAUAUGGCACGGUUCUAUCUCCUACGGCUUGCGGAUGAAUUGCAGGAGAUGGCUGAACAGUGA